AUGACAAAUAAUAGUAUAAUGGUGGAACAUGAUUACCAUAUCGCGAACCAGGUAGAUGAAACUCCAACCAACCAGCCCAGCACUUCUCGUACCAAUUCGGAAAGAGAUGGAGGAGAUAAAAGGAGUAAUCUCCAAAAGGCAGCAGAGGCAUAUGCUGUAGACCAAAAAGAAACUGCUGCAAUUUUAGAACGUUUCAUGGCCAUGAAAGAGUCAGUUUCGGAAUACGAGCAGUUGCGGCUAAGAGAAUUGGACUUGAAGGAGCUAGAGUUGAAAUGGUCAGGAUUUCAUAAACGGACUGUGGAGGAUAAAUCACAUGUAACGACCUAUGGCUACUUACCUGUACUACCCCAUGUCUCGUCAGAAUAUGAUACCGUUUGGACUGUUAUCAUAAAGUGCAAUGAAAUUGCUAAGGAGCUAAAUAACAGAUACACCGUACUGACGUUUGAUCAAGCGAUCUAUUAUAAAGCUAAAGAGCUCCAAUGGUCCCAGUCAGAAGACACAAAAAACGUAGUCAUUCGUCUAGGUGGAUUCCACAUUGUUAUGAACUUCCUCAAAAUAAUUGGUCAGUUUAUGACAGAUUCUGGACUUGCUGAUGUAUGGUUGGACAGUGGUCUCUAUGCUCAGUCCACAAUUGAUGGUAUUUUAUCUGGCAAAAAAUACAAUAAAGCUAUACAAGCCCAUAAGUUGACGAGAAAAGAAGACGUUAUGCAACUCUCCGAUAAAAUCUUAACUUUAACUCGUGAACUUUUGACAGAGUUUCCAGAAUUCAUUGCAGCUCAAACUGCCACGGGCAAAUACUGGAAUGCAUACUUGGAAAUGGUAGAUAUUCUAUUAGAAUUUCAGUUUUCUGAAAGAAGCGGAAACUGGGAAAUACAUUUGUCUAGUUUUCGAAAAAUGCUGCCUUACUUCUUCGCAUUUGACCAUGUGAACUAUUCUCGUUGGGGAACAAUAUAUUUAAUGGACAUGUACAAACUUCAUGGGGAAGCUCCAGAAGUUCAUGAAGAAUGUAUGAAUGAAAAUUUUGUUGUAAAACGUUUGAACGGAAACUUUAACCAACUAUCUGUAGAUCAAGCAUUAGAACAUAUAAAUAAAAUCUCAAAAAAAUGCAGGAGGGAUCGUGGGAUUGACCAAAAACAGCACAAAAUUAGAUGA